UUACACACGACAAACACGGCCAGCAAAAAAACAUGUCAGCGCAAAAGACUAGCAGAGGCCUCUGGUUGGGAAUGUUCCUGGUCGCGGUGCUAUUGCAGCUCUCCGAGUGCCAGUACUACGGGUAUCCCUUCUACGGAGGGGCAAGUGCGGGGGCGGGAUCGGCGUACGGCAACACUUACGGCAGCGGCAUGUACGGAUACCCCUACGGCUACGGGGGAUAUCCCUACUACUCGUACCCCAACUACAACCCGUAUUCGAUGUUUGGCGGAGGCGGUGGAUACGGCCAAUACGGGUACCCCUACGGAGGAUAUCCUUACGGCGGCAACGGCAUGAACGUGGCCUACGCCAGCAGCAGUGGGGGAUUCGCAACAGCCAGUGCGGGCGGAAACGGAUAUUACGGCUGAAAGAUAAAUGAUAAGCUAGUUUAACUGUACAUAUUGAUUAAGACUUCCUACUAUGUUAGUGUGCUGACGCAAAGAAAUAUAAUAGUUAUGUAAUAUGUAAUCAAA